AUGGACCAAAAGACCCCAGCCACACUACUAGAGUUUGCUACAAAAAGUCUGCUGAGUAAUGAGCCUGCAGCUAUCCAUGCCCUUGAAGAGCUCCCAAGAGACAUGUUUGUUCAAUUUCUCACUGCUGCGUUCUUGGGCGGUCAUAAGAAGGUACUGAAGGCAAUGGUGAGGAAUUGGCCAUUUCCCUGUCUCCACGUAGGAAAAUUGAGAGUACAGGAGUCACAAUAUGAUAAUUUGGAAGCCAUGAUUGAUGGCCUGCAGAUCCUUCCUGCCCAGUUCUCUUCUUUUAGCGGGCCAAAACUGAGGAUUCUAGAUUUAAGGCAGGAUCCAGGCUGCAGGACCACAUGCUCUGAGAUCAGGACCACAUUCCCUUACUGUUUUCGUUCAUGUGUUCACUCUCCGCACUCUAUCAUGAAAAUAGAAGAAGCCCAACACAGAGUUAGGUGCCCCGGAAAUGUAAAUUCAGAGUCUGAGCCUCAGUCAUCCAGGAAAUCCAUGGAAUUAUUAGUGGAUGUUUCCCUUGAUGGUACCUGGAGAACGGCGCGAUUUCUUUCUUUACUUCGGAGUAAAGUUGAGCAGAGCUUUGGGACUUUGCACCUCUGCUGCAGAUAUAUGCAAAUUGAUAAAAUGCCUGUUCGUGAAUAUGUCCUGCAGUUUCUGGAUAUGGGAUGCAUUGAUCACCUGGAAGUGGAUGAGAUUUAUCUGAAUGAAGCCACCCCACUUUUGGCUCAGAUGACCCACCUCCACAGGCUUAGUAUGUCUCACAUCCCUUUUACAUCUUUUAUGAGGAGAAGCUUUGGGACGUUUCUUGCCCAUCUUGUGCAGAUGGACACCCUUCAGGAGAUCAGCUUGUCUUACUGCCACACACAUCGCCUUCACAAACUGCUCAGAUGCCUGCCACCUCAGCUGGAUGCAUUGUAUCUCUCUUUCUGUGGACUUUCUAACAGAGACAUCACUGCCCUGUCCCAGAGCCCUGCAGCCCCCCAUCUAAGAUUGCUGAGUCUCUGCAACAACGAGAUAUCCUGGGAACAUUCUGAGGCCUUCCAGACUCUGCUGGCGAGUGUCUCAGGCACGCUGCAGCAUCUAGAGAUAGAUAAUUGUCUGAUGACUGAUUCCACUCUCACUGCUGUCAUUCCGGCCCUGAGCCACUGUUCCCACCUCCGUGUCUUUAGCUUCACCUCCAACCCCAUUACAAUGCGUGCGCUCACCAGUCUUCUGCAGCACUUAACAAACCUGACGGAGCUGAAGCGUGUUAUUUAUCCUGUCCCUGUCCAUUGCUAUGAACGAUUGCAUGAUCCUGGCAGUUUGAACCGACUGAAGCUUUCUGAAGUGCAGGCCCAAUUGAAGGCAAUGCUGCAGGUGGUAAAGCGGAAUGACAUGCACUGGACCACUUCUCCUGAGUGA